AAUGGGAAUCGACCAGUCAGCAAAAAAGUAGUGCACCUGCCUCACAGUCCCACGUCCAGAGAGAGGGAGAGAGAGAGGCGGACACGGAGGGAGCGAGAGAGAGAGAGAGGGAUAGAGAGAGAGAGAGAGAAAUGGCGCCUCUACGCUGCGCUCACUGAGCCACUGUUUGGAGCCGGUCAGGGAGAACCAGUAAGGGCAAGACAAAAGAAAACAGAAAACAUGGUGAACACACGGAAGAGCUCUCGGUCGGGCAGCGGCCCCUUCAUCUCCUCCAGGACCCGGUCGUCGUCGAGACCCGAGCGGAGCUCUGAGGAACAUAAGGAGCCCAGUAGUGAUGUGAGCAGUCCCAGUAGCCCCCAGCUGGCUCCCCCUUCCAAGCGGACGCGGAGGCAGACGGCCUCUGAGCCCAGCUCCAGUGAUACCUCCCCAUCCCCGCAAACCAAGGGCCAGAGGGUCAGCUGGGAAAUCCCUACCUACCGCACUAGGCUGUCCUCUCGCAUAAUGCAGAACGGACAUGCGCAUGUGAGUCACCGGAAUAAUGAGAGCGGAGGUGGAGAUCACUCUCGUAUGAAUGGCCAUGUGGAGCUGAAGAGGAGCUGCCGGGUGAAGAAAAGCCAAUUUGAACACCUGAAUCAGAGCCUGCUGUUCGAUCAGCUAGUAAACAGCACUGCUGAGGCUGUCCUUCAGGAGAUGGACAACAUCAGCAGCAUCAGGCAGAACCGUGAGGUGGAGCGACUUCGCAUGUGGACUGGAGACACUGUGGAGGAAAACUUGGACAUGUAUUCCCGGGUGAAGCGCAGGAAAUCCAUGCGCAGGAGCGCUUUCAACAUGCCAGCACACCACAAAGUCCUGAGCAAAACAGAGCAGGAAGACGAAGAAGGGACGGAAGAAUCUCACGAGGAAGAUGUGGAAGAUGCGGAGGACCACGAUGAAGACGAUGAAGGGGAUGAAGCAGAAGAGGCAGGAGAGGAAAAUGGCAGACCAUACAAUCUGAGGCAGCGAAAGACAGUGCAGCGAUACGAGGCACCACCUAUUGAGCCUGUGAACAGAAAACAGAGCAACCCCUCACUUUUUGACACCCACAGAUCCCCAGCACGAAGAAGCCAUAUAAGAGUGAAGAAACAUGCCAUUCACAGCAGUGACACCACCUCGUCAUCUGAUGAAGAGCGGUUUGAGCGGCGAAAAAGCAAAAGCAUGUGCCGGGCCAGAAACAGAUGUUUGCCCAUGAACUUGAAUUCAGAAGACCUGGCAAGUGGGGUUUUGCGCGACAGGGGGAAAGUGGGUGCCAGCUUGGCUGAUGUGGAUCCCAUGAACCUGGAUAGCUCUGUGAAAUUUGACAAAGUGGGAGGCCUCAGUAAUCACAUUCAGUCACUAAAAGAGAUGGUCGUGUUCCCGCUUCUUUACCCUGAGGUCUUUGAAAAAUUCAAGAUUCAGCCUCCCAGAGGAUGUUUGUUCUACGGCCCACCAGGGACAGGAAAGACCCUGGUUGCACGGGCACUUGCCAACGAGUGUAGCCAGGGAGACAAGAAGGUUUCCUUCUUCAUGAGGAAAGGAGCCGACUGCCUCAGCAAGUGGGUCGGCGAAUCAGAACGCCAGCUACGCCUGCUCUUUGAUCAGGCGUACUUGAUGAGGCCAUCCAUUAUUUUCUUCGAUGAGAUUGAUGGUUUGGCUCCCGUUCGCUCCAGCAGGCAAGACCAGAUACACAGUUCUAUUGUGUCCACUCUGCUGGCCUUGAUGGAUGGCUUGGACAGUCGUGGGGAGAUAGUGGUCAUUGGUGCUACAAACAGACUUGACUCUAUCGACCCGGCACUCAGGAGGCCUGGACGCUUUGACCGGGAGUUUCUGUUCAGCCUGCCUGACAAGAAGGCCAGAAAGCAAAUCUUGGAGAUUCACACGCAGGACUGGAAUCCCAAAUUGGCUGAGCCAUUUGUAGAUGAACUUGCAGAGAAAUGUGUCGGCUACUGUGGUGCUGACAUCAAAGCACUUUGCACAGAGGCAACCUUGAUGGCGCUGCGUCGACGCUACCCCCAGAUCUACGGCAGCAGCGUCAAACUGAAGCUAGAUGUAACAUCCAUCGUCCUGGGGCCUGGCGACUUCAGCAAGGCCAUAAGUACAAUCGUCCCAGCCUCCCAGAGGGCCCUGGCCCCCCCUGGCCGAGCCCUGUCCCCCACCCUCAGGCCCCUUCUUGCAAGCUCUUUUUCCUUGGUGCUGAAAGCUCUGCUCCGAGUCUUCCCCCACGCUCAGUGUGCUGACAGGGACAACACACACGGCGGUGACAAUCAACUGCUAGAAGAGGACCAUUUCAGCAACGAUGAGGAAGGCGCUACUUCCAUCUAUGAAGUCGAGCCUGCUGCCUCCCCAAAGAGUCAUCUCUCUUCUGCAAUGCACAGACCCUUCAUCCAUUUCUCCAACUCCGCCCUCCAACAGCCCACAGCAUACCGGCCUCGUCUGUUGUUGACGGGGGCCUCGGGCUCAGGACAGAGCUCCAACUUGGCCCCUGCUCUGUUGCACCAUCUGGACAAGCUGCCAGUGCAUCGGCUGGACUUACCCACUCUCUACUCUGUCAGUGCUAAGACUCCAGAAGAGUCCUGUGCUCAGGUAUUUCGUGAGGCCUGCCGCAGCGUACCCAGUGUUGUCUUCAUGCCACAUAUCUCGGAGUGGUGGGAGGCCGUGGGUGACACUGUGAAGAGCACCUUCCUCACCCUGCUGCAGGAUGUGCCCUCCUUCAGCCCUAUCCUUAUCCUCGCCACCGCGGAGACUCACUACUCACAGCUGCCAGAAGAGGUGAGAAGUUUGUUCCAGAGCACCUACGGUGAGGUAGUAACACUGUGCCCUCCAGGAGAAGAAGAGAGGAGGAGCUUCUUCUCUAACUUGCUGCUGGUCCAAGCGGCCCGGGCUCCACCACGCCUCAGGAACAUAGAGCGGUGUGAAGAGCUACUGCCAGUGGCUGAUGCUCCAGGCCCCCGAGUGCUGUCAGCAGAGGAACAGCGCCGUCUGGCUGAACAGGAGGAGAACACAUUACGGGAGCUCAGGCUCUUUCUCAGGGAUGUGACCAAACGCUUGGCCACUGACAAACGUUUUAACAUCUUCAGCAAGCCAGUUGACAUUGAUGAGGUGUCAGACUACCUUGAAGUGAUUCUGCAGCCAAUGGACCUGUCUACUGUCAUGACCAAGAUUGACACCCACAAGUACCUGACAGUGAAAGAGUUCCUGCUGGAUAUUGACCUCAUCUCCAGUAACGCUUUAGAAUACAAUCCUGACAAAGACCCUGGAGACAAGGUGAUCAGGCACCGAGCGUGCAGUUUAAAGGACUCUGCCCACGCUAUAUUUGCCGCUGAGCUCGAUCCUGAGUUUGACCGCAUGUGUGAAGAGAUCAAGGAAGCGCGCAGGAAGAAAGACCUCCUGACGCCAACUCCGCAGACGGCAGCUCCGGGCGCUGUGGCAACCAGAAAGCACCACGCUGCAGGGGAGGAGCCGGCCAGGAGCAGCACUCAGGGCGAGGCCACUGACAAACAGUGCACCAAUAAUCAUAUAAAGCGAAAGAUUCGCCGGCGACCUUCUUGGGGCCGGGGCAUCAUCCGUAAAAAGAAGAGCUACAAGAAAGGAAUGGACGAGGAUGAGGAUGAGCCCGAGGCAGAAGUGGAAGCUCUAGGACCCAGCGAUUCAUGUUUGACGCAGGAUGAGGAAUCGUCUUGCGAUACCUCAGGUCCCCAACCCAAUGGCCACCAUCACCAUGCCCCCUCGACUGAGGAGGAGAGCUCCAGUGAGCCACUUGUUGUGGCUCCUGCUGAACCUCCAGAUGACAAUGAAGCCAGAGAGGAACCAACACCUAAGGAGGAGGCCACAGCCAUCGAGGGCGAGUCUGAGAACAUGGAGAAGGACACUGAGCUGUAUUGCGUUGGUGACAGUUCUGUUCCCAAGGCAGACGGUAAUAGCCAGGCCGAGCGGGUUGAGCUCCAUCCUCUGGCAGAAACAUCUGAGUCUUCAGAUGCUGAGGCCCAGUCCAAGCACAUAGAGGAUCUCCUAGUAGCACAAGUGGACUGUGUGAAUGGAAACGUGUCAAUGGACAGUCUGGACUUGCAGAGCCCCAAGAGCAGCAGUGAAGGCUCUAAUGAGCCAGAGCAGGAAGACCACAAAGACAAACAUGAGAGCCAUCCAACUCAGGAGCACCCCCACCCGGAUUGGAGGGCAGUUACUGAGAGUGCUGACGAAGAUCAAGACAUAGAAGGAGGUUCCAAAGUAGGGAAAUACAAGAGGAGCCCAUCAGAGCAGCUGAAGGAAUCUUUGGAAACGCCUGAAGAGGAGCCACAACCAGUCCCUCCGGUCGUGGUUGACCACCAGCAACUUACGGUGCUACUGGAUAUGGUGGUGAAGAAGAGCACUGGCUACACCGUAGAGCAGCUGGAGAGACUGUACUCCGUUCUCAGCCAGUGUAUCUACAAGUACCGCAGAGAGUACGACAAGACCCAGCUACUGGAGGAAAUGGAGGAGGGAAUCCAGCAUUUUGAUACAUUCCUGUGACCUGGAGAAACUGUACCCGUCAGGGAGAUCCUGAACAAGCCUGGGACCACAAAGACACAAACACAAGCUUGAGUGAGAGAACGUGAAGGAGUCCAGCCCUCGGCACGAAAAAACAAACACGGAAAAAAUCCAGCACCCUCCUUUUGGCAAGGAGGGAGGACAAGGUUCAGGAUGGAGACAUUCAAUGGUGCUAUCGUCUCAGGAAUCUGGCCAGAUCCAGACCCAUUCUACACAACCAAACUCCUGGAGGUGUGUCAGCCACACAUCACAUGCACACACACUAACGGGGACGGGCAACUCUGGUGCUACUCGGGUGCUAUCCUAACUUUUAUCCAUGCUGCUCUUGGGAUUACUUCUUAACUUGGAUGACUAGCAAAACCAACAGAUCGGGUGAUGUCAUAUCACAACCUGGCCGCUUCUUUCCGGAGCAGGCCGUGCAUACACUCUUGCACACACACACAGUGACGAUUGGGUAUGUAUGCAUUUCUACAAAUUCACACCAGAAAUGUGUACACAAAGACACACACACUUUUAGAUCCUCACCAGCAGAGGUGUGAAUGCAAAGUACCGCAAAACUGGGGGGCGGGGGGUGUAUUUUUGCUGAGUUGCAUCGUCUUUUUUUUAUCUCUGCCAUUUUAGUUACUUGAUUAGUUGAAUAUCUGAGCCACCGUCGAGGACACUCAACCAGAACUGGAGUGCGAACGGAAACUCGCUGAGGUUAGCACAGUGGGACGAGGAGCGAUUAUCUCCUCUUCAGCAGUCAGGUGUGGAAAGCUGUUAGCCCCCCCCCUCCCCUCCUUCCCUGUGUUUUUUUGUCUUUCUCAAGAGCUGUAAAAUCCACCUCACUCCACACGUUUGCUCACAGACGGCCUCUGUCCUUCACCGUCCCAGCAGAUUGUUGUGUCCUAAAUAGUUUGUUCGCCAGCUGCACGCCACCCUCCCUCCCUCCCUCCCUUUGUUCCACAGUAUGAAUGUUUUCCGCUCCCACUCAAGCUUUUGCCCACCAGUGGAAGAUUUCUAUCGACACCCCCGGCUGAGUUACUGGAAGCAGUAUAAAUUGGAACGCGUCUGUAGUUUUGCACUGCCUAGCGUGUGCCUUAUUUGAAACCUCAUGAAACUCUGAAAUAUUUCGCAAGAUGUUUUUUUUUGGUAUUAUUAACUUAAGUCUCGUGACAAUGAACCCAAGUUGGGGUGGUUCUUAAUCAUUGAGGUCAUAGUGACCUUGAAGCAAAAAAGUUGUAUAUAUCUCGGUGCCAUUAGGUUGAUUAACGUCAUAUCUAGGUUUUUACAUCUCUGCUCAGUUCUAAUGUCAAAAUGGGCCAACAAAAUUUUUUGAAAGCAGAAAAAACAAUAUAUUAACGUUUGUGUAGUUACGGAGUUUAUAUGUAGUCACCUUGUACCACAAAGCAGUCCACAUACAAGAUAAAUAAUAACAAUAAUAAGGGUGUGAGUCACAUGAACGCUCGUGCCAAGCGUUGUCCCACUCCCUCAGAAAAGGUGCUGAAACCAACAGCGCCCGUUCACAGGAAUCCUGAUGAAAACUGAUGUAUUACGGUGUAUAUUUGAUCACUGUUUUUUUUAACUUUUUUAUAAGAUGCUUUGCUUGAGUUUAUUUUUUAUUAUUUUUGCAUGUGUUGUGAUUCCAUAUUGAACAAGGCCAUUCUAGGCAGAGCCCAUCACUAAGUUGUACAAAGCAUUACAUGAUUUCAUUUGAUUUUCUUCUUUCACACGUGUAUGUUCGGACUUCACAGAUUCAUUUUUCUUUUUUCUCAACACCAGACGAGAGAAGCUGGAUUCUCAUUUGUGGCCCACACAGUACAUUUUCUGUCUGCAGUGAGUGAAGGUGUUUACUGGAUUUUCUCAAGCCACAUUUGAUCUUGGGGGAGAGAUGCCGUGUUCUGAGCAGGUGCAGUCUGACGGAGGCCCUCUCCUUUUCUCUCUGAGCGCUCCCCCCCCACCAAUCCUUAAACUCCUCCCGGUGAAACUCUGACCCCGGCUCACCUCGGCCUUUCUCUCUAAUUCUGGGUGACACAAAAAGACGCAAACUGGCAACGACAGGUUAGCACUUGGACUACUGCAGAGAAGAAUAAAACCAACGCUACCUCAGCUUAAUUUAUUUUUAAAAAAAAACUGUUUACUGGGUACAUAAACAGUAUUUUUCUUUUUCUCACACCUCCCCUAAAAAUACUGUUACAACAUCCACAGUACCAUCCUCUGUACCAGAUCAGUGCAGCCAAGGCUGCUGCAGUAAUCCAACAGUUGUUUAUAUCUCUCUGAGUGUUAUGUACGUUUGCAAUUGAGCCAGAUGACGACCACAUACAUUUUAAGGAAACUUCGAUAACAGUUUUUUUUUUUUUUUUUUAAUGCUUAAGAUUCAGGUUGUCUUAUUUUCUACUGUACAUUGGCACUGAGGAGGCGUCCUACAUCUGCCCGUCUUUCCCUUCAUCACCCCGAAUCCACAGAGGACUCUUUUUUUUUUUGCCUCUUUACACAAGAUCAUCUUUCCCCCCCAAAAAAGGUUCAUCUCAUCCAUUGUUAUUAUUUAUUAUUAAACAUGUUCUUCAUCUUAAAUUCAGUCAACUUUUUGUACGUCUGAAGUUUAAAGAGUGGGGAAGCAACACACGUCCGUUUUUACAACAACUUUGCUGAAUCGCUCAGCGUUUGUGUAGCAGGUUAUUUUUUGGGGGGGGGGUUGGCAUGUACGGGGGAAUAAAGGGUUUACAGGUCUCUCAGGUUUAACACGCGACAACAUACCCGUUCGACUUUUUCUAUUUAUUUCAUUAUUCUGGUGUUUUCUUCGUUUUGAAGUGGUUACGGAUUGUGGCAUACUGGAAGUGACGAUUAUUAGGAUGGAACAGGAUAUUUAAAAAAACGUAGUGUCUUUGAAUAAAACCCUAGGAAGAGAAACAGGACCAGACAAACUUUUGUAUUCUUGUUCACUUUCUGCCAAGAGAAUAACUUUUUAUGGAUUUAAAAACACAUUGGGAAAUAAUAUAUGGGUAGUUUUAAAUGUCAUACAUUGUGAUCUUCCUUUCUUGUUAUAAAUAGUAGCCAGUUUGGACUAACAACCAAUUUUUGUCUGGUAGUUGAGACUACUUAGUCCAGUAUGCAGAAGGAGAAAGGGUUUGUUCUAUCCCCAAUGAUUUUGUUCUUCCCAAUUUUUUUCAAAGUUAAUUUAGUCGAGACUUUUCAUAGCUUUGUCAAUUCUUUUCUUUUGUGUAUUUAACACACCUGUUCUCAAUUGUUACUUUAGUGUAAGUUAUAUUUGGAAAUGAAACAUUUACUGUAUUUCUCAAAUAAACUGCUGUGAUAAACUUGAAUAAAAAGGUGCAAACUGUACAA